AUGGCGGCCGAACUGGUAGAAGCGAUGAACAUGGUGAAGAGUUUCCGGGUGUCUGAUCUGCAGACGCUGCUGGCCUCAAUGGGCCGCAGCAAAAGUGGGUUGAAGCAGGAUUUAGUGGGAAGAGCUCUUCGGCUUGUGCAGACCGAAUACAGUCCGGAGCUGCUAAAGAACGUUCGACAGCUCUACGAGACUCGCUUCCCCAAAGCCUCGUCCUGGCUGGCGGCCCGACGCCCUGAGUCCGUGCCCGUAAACUAUCCUGCCCUUAACUCCUCGCCCAGAGGCACGGCCCAGGGCACAGACUACCUCAACGGCAUCCCCAAACCAGCUCCGCCUUCUGUGGCAGAAGUCAAAUUGGUGCCCCUGCCGUUCUACCACAACCUAGAAACGCUGCUGCCACCCACAGAACUAAUCGCACAGAACAGCGAGAAGCUGCAAGAAAGUCAAUGUGUUUUUGAAUUAACACCAAGUCAAGUGGAACAGAUCCGGAACUCCAGUGAACUUCGCCCAGGGAUGAAAUCAGUUCAAGUUGUUCUCAGAAUCUGCUACACAGACUCUAUCGGUGUUCAGGAGGACCAAUAUCCUCCCAACAUUGCUGUGAAAGUGAAUCAGUCCUACUGUCAUGUACCGGGUUACUAUCCCUCCAAUAAACCGGGUGUUGAGCCACGUCGGCCCUGUCGACCCGUCAACAUCACGCCAUGGUUACACCUCUCCACAGUCACUAACAGAGUCACCAUCACAUGGGGCAACUUUGGAAAGCGGUACUCGGUGGCAGUGUACCUGGUGAGGGUGUUCACAUCUGGAGAGCUCUUCAACCAGCUGAAGCAUUGCUCAGUCGAGAGUCCCGAACGUUGUCGUGAACGCAUUCAGGACAAGUUGCGCUUUGAUCCUGAGAGUGAGAUUGCCACUACGGGACUGCGAGUGUCCCUCAUCUGUCCUCUGGUAAAGAUGAGACUUGGAGUGCCAUGUCGAGUGCUCACCUGCGCCCACCUGCAGUGUUUUGACGCUGUCUUUUUCCUGCAAAUGAAUGAAAAGAAACCCACGUGGACCUGCCCCGUAUGUGACAAACCCGCUCCCUUUGAGCUUCUAACUAUUGAUGGGUUGCUGUCCGAGAUCCUUAAAGAGACGCCGGAGGAUGUGGAGGAGAUUGAGUAUUUGACUGACGGUUCAUGGAGGCCAAUCAGGGACGACAAAGAGAAGGAAAGAGAGCGGGAAAACAGCCGCACACCUGACUGUCCUGUGGUGGAUAUAUGUGUUCCUGAGGCGAACGGCCACUCCCCAGCACAUAGCGGCACAAACCAGACCGGGAAGUCUGGAUCGGGUGGUGCAUCGGCAGGAACCGGCGGCACCAGUGCCGGGUCGGGAGGCGGAGCCGUGGUGGAUCUGACUCUGGACGACUCUUCGGAGGAAGAAGGAGGGGGCGGAGCUGAGGACAAUGUUGACAAGCUACCUCAGUCUAACAGCGAACUUGACCAGACCAGAGGGUUAUUGAAAGGGUGUUAAAUCCCUUGCAUGAUUUUUUUUUUUUCUUUUUUCAAUCCCUUUUGUUUUUCAUGUGCAGCAACACUGGAGAGGCAUCAUGCAUUGCUCAUUAUUUUGUGCUUGCCCAUUUAGACAUCAUAUUAAAAAAGAUUCUGACUCGAGCAAUGAGUUUUCCAGUCAAAUCUGUUGGUCAACUGGUGUGUACUGACUGAAUGUAGUGUGCAAAUGGACACUCAGUUCAGAAAGAAUGGCGUUUUGACACCAAUGGUCGUUUUGAGAUGCUUGUCACCGAGUAAAUAUUGUACGAUAGCUAAUGCAAUAAUGAUAAUGUAUUCUUUCUGAUCAUUUAAUAGAAAACUGCAGGUCUCAAUGUCAUUUAUUGCUUUAUUUCAGUCGUUUUGGUCUGUACAAGUCAUAACUACACAAAGGCAGAACGUUAAAUUUGGUUGAGGAGAGGACAAAGAGUUGUUUUAGUUUUCAUUUAGACAUGUCUGUAGUAAAUUAUUAGGUUUAUCUAGCAGGGGAGCUGACGUUAUUGGCAAAAUGUAACUUUAUUUGGCUGAACUCAAAACUUGUUUUUUUUCUCAGUUGACAUCCCUUUACAAUUUUCACUUUUUUUCAUUUUGGACGAAUGGCUGAUUUGUUUGAGCCCAUUGUAUGGAGGUUGUUUGUGUUCAUUUCAGCCGGUUGAGAAGGUGUUGACAUCUGCGUAAUGUUUUGUGGACUUAGCGACAGGUGCGAAACUUAAAUAUGUUCCUUAAUUUGUUGUCAGAAUGAGUAUUUAUUGAUUUAACAGGUUUUGCCUCUUUUAUUUGAAUUAUGUUUGGUAUUUUUGUGCAUUUCAUGAGGCAUUUCGCAGCAAUUUCAUGAAUUUCCAGCAUGUUGCUUUGUGAUGGUAGAUAGCGCUGUGUCCUCUCACGGCCUGCUGCUGUACGUGCACAUUCAGCCAUUUGCAACAGUCCGAACAUAAGGGGGCUUAGUCAGGACUAUGCAGACUUGACCUAAACCUCAGAAGAAUUAAACUCCCGCUAAACGACCAAACACAAAUGGCACAUCCAUAUGGCUGAUCUGUUGAGGAGGACUCAGGGAUGACGUGUUCUACUUGUCUUUACAUUUUCUUCUCAGUCAAACUUGACACUCGAACCAGGUUCCAGCAUUGUGUACAAUAUUACCCUCAUCAUCAGGUCACAUAAGGCAGUCUAGGUUUCUGAUCUGGAAAUUAAGAUGUACUUGCAAGGCAUAUGAAUAUUGCUGUGUAUAGCAUAUUUUGUUGUCUUCCAAGGCUUCAGAGAAAAUCACUACUCACAAGUGGUAAUUUUAAAGUGUUUUUUUUUUUUGGCCCCCUUCCUAUUUUCAAUUAAUCCUGAAUUCUGACUUGAAUACUCAGUACUGUAUCCUAUCUGUGUUUGGGAAUUUCUCAACAUAAGAAUAUUGCCAUGAAGGGUUAAAUUACUUGUAAAUUUAGGUUCGUCUUUGAGUCGGCAUGGUCUUCCAUCUCUUCAUGAUAGCCCAAUUUCAUUCCCCCUUUAUAUAUAUAUUUUUUAAGAGUAAUCAGUGCUGCAGUUGACAGUUUCACAUAAUAAGCCCUUAAUGUAGUAUGUUCCCCUAAAUUUCACUUUUGUGAUUUUUCACAUUUAAGGUAAGGAACUUCUUAAAUAGACUUCCAUCUUUAGAUACCUAGGACGAUCUAUUAGAUGUGGAUAAAAUGUACAUUUGCUUACAAUGAAAAGAUAAAUGGAUGGUGAUUGAUCACAAUAUAUUUCCA